CUCGCUACCCAGAAGGCCGCGCGCGUUGCACCCACGGAGGAAGAAAGAUGGCGCCGCCCAUGAAGAAGCACGCCGCGUCGCCUGGCGACUCUUCUCUCGAGACGCUCGCGCUCUCGGGGGGCUUCCGAGUACUCCCUGCCAAGUUUUCAGAGAGCAGCGACUCCUGUCAUUUCCUUUACAUCAAGGAACACAAAGUCCGGGAUGGCAGUGACACAUCCAGGCCCACAGACAAAACCCUGUUUGUGCUCAAUGUGCCUCCGUAUGGCACGAAGGAGAGCCUGAAAACAGCCUUUUCUAGGUGUGGAGCAGUACGUGGCGUGUAUCUCCAGCAGAAGCCAGGCGCCUUGCCGGCUAAAUCUACACCCCCCUCCAAAUUCUUUGACAUUCACUGCACCAAGGGAUUCAAGGUGGCCUAUGUGGUGUUCAAGAAUCCUCAAGGACUGAUUAACGCCAUGAAUCUUCCCACGAUCGAGCCAUUUGUGUUCAGUACGCAGAAAUGUCCCAUUUCUGUCGGCAUAAAGAAAUGGGCAGAAGAAUAUCGGUCUGCCCUUGUGAACCCCACGGAUCUGCAGAAAGAUGUGGACGCAUUUAUGCAGCUGCAUGAUAAGAAACUGGAAAAGGAAGACGCAGCUGCAGAGGCGGAUGCGGGAGUCCCAGAUGAAGAGGGCUGGAUCAAGGUGACUCACAAGGGUCGCAAACCAGGCCUGAGGCGCACUGAGACCGUCGGCAACAGGAUCAUGGAGCGUGAACGACGCAAACGGGAACGCAAGGAGCUCUUAAACUUUUAUACCUGGCAGCAGCGUGAAUCAAAGCGCGAGCACAUAGCCCAGCUGAGGAGAAGGUUUGAGGAAGACAAGCAGAAGAUUGCACUCAUGAAAGCUCAACGCAAGUUCAGACCUUACUGAGGCGUUAACAGUGCAUAGCUGUACAUAGCAUGUGUAGUCUAUUGAUGCUACAAAUUACCUUUUGUAUAAUAGUCCUAACAUUUGUAUUGAAAGCUUGUUGAUGCACAUUUGACCCGGAAUGUGACAUAACAAGCAGGUAGUUUUGGAUCAGAUUUUAUUGAACCUUAGAAAAACAGCGUUUCGCUUUAUACACAUUUGCGAACAUCCUAGAACAGAAGGUACAUUUUUACAACAUGUGUUUCGAUCAAACUUGUUUUGUGAGAGGAUGGACAUCAGAUAAUACGAAAAUAAAGUUUACAUCCUUGGCCA